GGAGACUCCCUCCUCACCGCCCCGCUGUGUUUUGGUGCUCACACCUGAAAUGACAGAGGGGGAGAGAAGCUCGGAGAUGUGAUGAAGCUCUGCACACGGAGCUGUUCAGCCUCUCCUCUCCUCUUGUGCUGCGAAUGCACGGCACGUUCGGAGAAAAAGUCAGGAGGAAAAAUACCCAACGAGAGGAAGAGUCUGUGCGCGCGUGUGACAAGCUUCUAAUCUUUUCACUUCAGUCGGCCUGAGGAUUGAAGCUCUCCAUCAGGAGAUGCGUUUUCUUUUUCUUCUUCUUUUUUUUUUCUAAUCACCGUCAGUGACUGACAUUAUCGAUCAUUAGACGUGUCGUCCGUCGCUCGCGGAUCGUCACAGCACCAUGCGAGCAGGAGAGACGCGCCCUGCUGUGCCAUGCUGAACAACUGUCCGACCCUGCUGCUGGCUCUGACCGCGGUGGCCGGACUUUUCCAGCGAUGUCAAGGCUGGAGCGACGAGGACCUCCUCCUGCCGCCCAUCAACUCUUCCAACAGGUUCCUGGCCAACCUGGAGGUGGACGUGCGCUUCACCAAAAGGUCAGUGGAGGAGAGCGACGCCUCGGCCGACGCCUCCUCGUCCCUGCAGACUCUGUCCCAGUGCAACGUGAGCGUCCAGAGACUCCUGCCCACCUCGCUGGUGGCUCGCUGGGACAGCAGCUUCGGCUUCCAGUGUGAUGUCCUCAUCUACACCACCAAUAAUCACGGAAGGGCUUUCUUCUCCGCGUCUUUCAACAGGGCGAUCUCCCCCGUCGUCAUCGAGCACCUCGGGGUCACCGGGGGUCAGCAGGAGCUGCGGUUAUGCGUGGGCUGCGGGAUGUCCCGCUACCGCAGGUUUGGUCAGGGCAGGUCGAGGGGUCACCAGAGCGGGGAUCAGGUCACUUUCUGCUGCGUGGAUUUCAGCCUCGAUGAGCUGCGGGGGGACAAGAGUUGGCUGAACAGAAAGCCCAUCGAGUCGACACUUGUGGCUUGUUUCAUGACUUUGGUCAUCAUUGUGUGGAGUGUUGCUGCUCUCAUAUGGCCAGUCCCGAUCAUUGCAGGAUUUCUGCCUAAUGGGAUGGAGCAGAGGAGACCAAGAUAACUGACCUAUUAUUUAUAUGAAUUAGCCUGUGUUGCCUAUACUAUAAUUGUAGCCAUUCAACUGUUCACAUGACUGAAUGAUUGGGAAGGUUUUAAAAUAAACCUCCCCAUUAGGACAACCAAGGUAAUGUAUGAAGACUUGUACUAGCUAAUAUUAUUCUAUACUGGGACCAACAAUACCAAUGUGUUUUGUAAACCCUCGUAAGCCUUCCUAUAGAGUAUGUGGAAACUUUUCUCUUUUAACUGUGUUUGUAUAGUUUUUAAUCUUUGGAGGAAGUUUUGCCUUAUCUGCCAUGUGUAGGACUUUUGCACUGAAAACUGAACUUUAAGACCUAGUGCCGUCACAUACAGUAUAUAGUUAACCUACUAUAUAGUCAUGUUCAGAGUGUGUAAUAGUUUUUCCAAUACCUUAUGAAACAUCAAUGUUGUUUACAAUGGACAUAGGCCAAGUUUCACUAUUUAUAUUGUUAGAUUUCUAAUGUCAAGUUCAUUUGUGCUUAUUUGUAGGCUAUUAAUGUUUCAAUGAAAAUAAAAUUCAUUAUAGGCUAUA